AUGAAUGACGAAAAACUCAACUGCCGGAAACUAGAAAGGUUUACCAUAUUUUUGGAUAAUGCCGAUGCUACAUAUUUUCCUGGACAACAAAUUACAGGCAAGGUCCACGUCUGGAACAAUUUGCCAAAAAAUGUAAGAGGUAUUUACGUUGAGUGCCGGGGUUUCGCCCGAGUGUCUUUCUCUACAAUUGAACAACGUUCCCGAACGGUUCGUCGACGUGGGCGAUCUCAUUUGGAGGUCACCAAUGCUUCGGUAAAUCACACGUCCAACGAAGAAUAUUUCUAUCAAAGAAUCGCUCUUAAAGAAGGAGGUAACGACCAUUGGGAGAUGAAUCAAGGUAGACAUCAGUAUCCAUUUUCUUUCACGCUCCCGAACGAAAUUCCGUCAUCGUUUGAAGGAAUCCACGGUUACGUCCGCUACACGAUUCGGGCAGUUUUCCAAAGACGUCGCAAAUGGAACCACGAGUGCAAAAUGGCUUUCACCGUCAACUCCAUUAUGGAUCUUAACACAAUUGCAGAAGCAUCUAUGCCGAUAGAAGCCUCCGACUAUAAAACAUUGGGGUUGUUUUGUUGCCAAUCAAACCCAAUAACUGCAAAGUUUUCGCUGGAUCGUAUGGGGUAUGUUCCCGGAGAGAAAAUUUAUUUUAAUGCGGAAGUCGAAAACUUGAGUCGCCAGGUCAUGCAUGGAUCAAAAUUUCAAUUAAUCGAGCGAACUAGUUUCCAUGCAGUGGGUAAAACUGAGUCUUGCGAGCGAGUCAUCCGCGAAUUCUCACGGGGACAAUUUGCUACCUCGGAAUUUUGGGAAAACCAUCCCAUAUCCGUUCCUCCUGUCGUCUCUUCUGAGCUCCGCUGUUGUAAAAUCAUCGAUGUCGAUUAUAGGAUAGUGUUUACUGUGGAUCCUGGGACGUUUUCGUUCAAUUUGAGCAUUUCUCAUGGUGUCAUUAUUGGAAACGUCCCUCUGCGUAGUUCGUUUCCUGAUUUUCAACGAAACCGACGGCAAUUAAACGCCGCCGCUGCGAAUGUGUCCAUGCUAGAAAAUAAUGACAAUCCUUUCGAAGCCAAUCCAGCCGGCACCAACAUGGUUACGGAUUAUUAUCCAGAUCUCCCUCCUCCAACCUACGAAGAAUGCAUGUUUGGUGGAAAUAUCAGGGAUGCCGAAGAUUCUGAGCAUGUCAACUACGGAGCCGGAAUUUCCUACAAUCCUCGUUAUUUGACCUACGGACAAACUUUCUCUUGAAAUUCCAGCACUUAACCACGGUCAAGUGCGGUGGUGAUAAGUAUCCUUUAAAAAAAAAAAUAAGGAUUCAACAUUAAUUCGUAACAAACCGCUAUUACUUGUAUUCAGCUGAACUAAUACUACUUUUUAAUAUAUAAUAAUGAAUAUUACAUGUAACAAUACAAAUUGACAAGGAAUCAAUGGGAAGAAAGUAGAAACAAAAAAACGCCAGAAUGGCCUACUUUUUCUAUUACAUUAGUAUAAAUACUGAUCGGUGGAUUGACCAUCGAGACUGAUUGGACAAUUCAAACUGGCCCUAUAUUGCUUAUCAGAAUAAGGCUUGCGGUUGGCUGUUAUCAGUUCAGAACUUGGGCUGUAUCUGUACAUGUGAUGCAGUGUGCUACAGUGUCAUCGUGCUUAUCUAAAAAAUAAAUGUAAUAAAUUGCGUACAGUUUCCCGAUAGGGAUUCUAUCGCCAAAGACCUGUUUCUUGACCCAACGCAACCCAACCCACACCAACAGAUGGCGUUGUUCCUCGUUGUUUAUUUCAUUAAUGUCUUAUACGAUUUUUUUUUCUUAAGAGUUAAAAAAUUAGGAAAUUAUGAUCAUGUUGUGCAAGACAAGGUUUUACAUGGAGCCGUCGCAUUUAGAUUUUUAUAUUGCGACGAAAUCAUAAUUAUAUACUCGAAUUUAUGUUUUCGUGUUUUAUUAAACUGCCGUUAGAUGGUUCUGACGCAUUGCUAUAAGGCCGUGCUAUAUAAACACAGCCUAUUAUCUAGUCAAGUCGGUCUUCUGUUUUCCUUUCCAUUUGCAGUCUUCAUUCGAAAGUAAUGGCAAUGGUAUUCUCUUCCAUCAACCAGCGGCCAUCAAUGAUGCAGAAUAAAAUUACAGAAAUGACCAACAACAGUGAAGAACAACAGACCUCAUCUUCCACCAAGGAGACCAUCAUAGAGGUGGUAAUUCAGCCACCAACAACAGAGGCCAAGGUUGAAUGUGAUGCUCCCCCGCUGUGAUCACCACUCAGCCAGCACAGUCUAAGUAUUCUCUUUGCUCGCAUUUUGUUUUUAACCACUACACUGUUGUUGAAUGCUGUUUGAUUAUCGAUAGUGUUUUGUGUUGCAGAUGCAGAAUAAAAUUACAGAAAUGACCAACAACAGUGAAGAACAACAGACCUCAUCUUCCUCCGAGGAAACCAUCAUAGAGGUGUUAAUUCAGCCACCAACAACAGAGGCCAAGGUUGAAUGUGAUGCUCCCCCCGCUGUGAUCACCACUCAGCCAGCACAGCCAAUGCUUGAAUACGAUGACAGCAUUGCUGUGGUCAUAGCACAGCCAAUGCUUGAAUACGAUGACAGCAUUGCUGUGGUCAUGUGGGAAGCCACCGUUACUGGUCGACGCCUCAUCGACGAGAUGGUCAACCUGGGAUCAUUUUACGUGGCACAGGAAGAGAAAGCAGAAGGGCACGAUUUCAACGAGUACGUCAUGCCGUAUGGCAAGCUACCGCUGAAUGUAAUUCGCAACUACAAUCUUCGCAUCGUUGACACGGGUCGUUACCGCAUGCUCAAGGAGAUCCGCAACAACAUAAUGCUCAAGUCCAAGAACGAGGUGGCCGCCUGCAACGAUUUCGCCUCGUGGCUCAUCAAGCUCCGAAAAGAUAAUUUCACCGACAAGAAAAUUGUCUUAUAGUCUUCUUUUAACCACGCCACUCCCAAGAUCCUUCAGCUCUUCUAGGCUUUGGAACGUUACCGUCUUCUUGAUGAUGUCAACAAGAUUUUGCUUGGAUGUGUUAAUGGCUGGGAUCUGCUCCGUCAACAGGUGCAUGAUUUGAAGGAUGAACAUCGCAUGGUCCUUAAAGCUUUGGCUGAUCAUCACCUCGGAGUCGACACACCUUUGGAGAGCGCUGUUCAACGUGCUCAAUCAAGCACUUCACAAGAUCCUUCGCAAGGUGCAUGGCGGCCGCAUCAACACUGGGGUACUUAAGGAGAACCUCAUCAGUUGCGAUCAUUUGCUCGAACAAGUCAAGAAGAUCAAAGAAGAAUUGAAUAAGGAGGCUCAAUGGAGACCUGUAUUCGCUGACAUGUUUCAUCAAGGUAUCAAGCCUCGCCGGCGAGCUGGAUUCCUCCGCCAUAUGCUCGUCGAGUCGGGCAUCACCUAUGCAGGCCUUACGGAAACAUUCAAGGACAAGAAAGAUGACGGUGUGGUCGAGGUCAUCAAAGAGAACAUCAAAGGCAAGAAUGAAGCCGACGUGGAGGAAGUCAUCAAGCUGCUGAAUCAACACCUUGCGCAGCCAGACAAGCCCGUCCGACGCGGUAGCGGCCGUCGAGCACCCCGUACUCGUUCCCUUUGCACCGCCACGGACUUAAAGAAGCAGCAGCCUGCGUCCAAGAUCGAGCCCGAGGAAAACAACAACGACCCUGUCAAAGUGAUUAUGGAUGUUAUUCCCAGCACUCCUGCGGUCCUGUCCGAAGUUAAAAAAGUCCCUCUCUCCUCGACUCGCCUGAAAUUACUUACUGCCUCCCGCCCCACUUCCCUUUUGUUUUUCACUUAACUUGUCUCGUUUUUUGAGAAAUUUUGAUCUUUUUUUAAGUUUACAAGUCUUUCAUGAAACAAACUUGCUUGUCGCUUUUGGUUAUGCUUUUCUUCUUACCAGAGAUAACACUUGCAAAUUUAUAGAUAUACCAGGGAGCUUUUUGGUAAUUGUUCUAGUCUUCUACUAAAAUCAAUCCAGGGUGUAUAUGUCCGAUUAAAUUGUCUCUGCAGUGCCUUUCAUACUUGUGAGUUGAUCUCAUGGAAUGGAAUACAAAAUACUCUGAGGAAA